AUGUCCACCGUGGGUCUCCACGUCGCGCGCGCGUCCACGGCGUCGAGCGCGCUGCGUGGGAACGGGACCACGGGACGGGGGCGCGGGACGGGGGGGCGGGCGCGCGCGCGCGCGGGCGCGGGGUCGUUCGGCGCGUACGGUGGGUUCGUCGAUGGGAAUAAGCUCCACGAUGGCUUGCGGCGGGGUGACGGACGCGCUCGGAGCAGGACGUUCGGGGAGACGGUGACGCGGGCGACGACGACGGCGACGCGCGGGGCGCGGGCGACGAAGACGAUGAUGCCGAUCGGCGUUCCCCGAGUGCCGUAUAAGACCCCGAACGAGAGCUCGUGGCAGUGGGUGGAUAUUUGGAACUGUUUGUACCGCGAGCGGAUCAUUUGGAUCGGGCAGACGAUCGACGAGGAGCUCGGGAACCAACUCGUGGCGACGAUGCUCUUCUUGGAUAGCGUGGACAGGAACAAGCCGAUGUAUCUGUACAUCAACAGCGAGGGGGGACAGAUCGUCCCGACGAUGGCGAUCAUGGACACGAUGAAACACUUAAAGGCGGAGGUCGGGACGGUCGGGUUCGGGAGCGCUCGAGCGAUGGGGGGUUUACUCCUGGCGAGCGGGAAGAAGGGCAAGCGCGCGGCGCUGCCGAACACGUGCAUCAUGCUUCAUCACCCCUCCGGCGUCGCUCGCGGGAGCGCAUCGGACGUUCAAAACGAAGGGAAGGAACUCAUGCGCAUCCGCUCUCAGAUCAACAAAAAAAUCUCCGACAUCACCGGCCGUCCCGUGGACGUCGUGAGCGAGGAGAUUCGCCGAGACAAGCAUUUCACCCCCGAGCAAGCGCUCGAGUACGGAAUCAUCGACAAAAUCUUAUAUCGACCUCGAGGUCCGCGCUAG